GGACCAGCAGAUGGGUAUGGCUGACCUGCAGCAUCGCUCGCCUCCCUUAUCCACACCCAGCAGCAUCGCAUCCCGCGCGGGAUGAUCCGCUGGCUUCCCUCUGACCUCCUGCUGCGUUGACCAACCCAAUUGGACCAACCAAGGAAGAUGUGCCACGUGUGCGAGCGCCUGCGGACCUUCGACGAGGCCGUUACCGAGGCCAAGGCCUCGUGGAAGCUGUGGAAUCACCUCCUGCCCUCCCUGAAGCUCCUUCUCGCUGUGUUGGCGCUGGGGUGUGCUGUGGGCGGCCUUGUGGCGGCCCUGUUCAUCCCUGGCUCGACCCUCGUGCUUGUCGGCGUCUACCUGGCGCUCGAUGUGCGGGCGUACCUGCGGUUCCGCCAGCGGCGGAGAGAUCUGCAGGAGAUGGAGCACUACCGCUCCCCCCACCUGGACGAACACUUCAGGCCAUACCUGGAGAAACAACUGCUCGACCAGCCGCCUGAGGACCUCUACAGGUGCGGCGACUCACGGUGCCGUCUUGUGUCAGAUCUUCCCUCACUCAUGUCCCUCUCUCUGCGUGCGUGUGUAGUUCUUUCUUCUACGCGUUUUUUGGCCAAGCGCCGGAGACCAUAUCGGUGCAGCAGUUGGUGGAUUGGUUCGAUUGCCACACCCCGCGCGACAUCAAGCACACCAAGGACAUCAUCCCGGUGUUGGAGGCCAAGCUGGGCUUCAAGUUCCCCGACCACGUGCGGGAGAUCCCCGAUGUCACGCCACAAAACUACUGCCCCCGCACACACGGCAUCCGGUACGGUACACACAUGGAUGGCCACACACACAUACGCAAGGACCUGCCUCGCUCACUUGUCGGUCUGUCUCUUUGUCUGAUGGCCCAGCUACGGUGAGACUCGGAUGGAGGCCUUCUACCGCCCUCUGGUGCUGGUGCUUGUGGUACGUCUGGUGAGCCUGACGUGCCGUCUGGUGCUGCAGGCUGUCGGAUGGACGUUCCAUCCUCCUCGUGGCGACUACAUGAUGGAGUAUUUCGUCUCCGACCCGCGGUCAGCCGCCGACAAGGCCGCCGGCAAGAGGAUGGACCCCCCGCCUCUACUGCGCGUGCACGGUAAGCAAGAUGGCGAGACCAACCGGCAGCGAGAGCGGCGUUCCUGACGGUGUCCGACUUUUUGACAGGUUUCGGGCUGGGAAUGUUAUACUACUUUCCUCUGCUGAUGUCGCUGUGGUUCCGGUCGUCGCCCCUCUGCCAGUGGAUCAGCUGGGGCAUCUUCUUCAAGAAGCGUGAGGCCCCAUCGCCGCUGCGCCCGAUGGUCUUUGUCGAGAUGCAGUGGAUCGGCCUCUACCCCCACGGCGACUUCGACCUCGCCCGCUGCCCCACCAUGAUGCAGUCCGUCGAGGAGAUGGUGGCAUUCCUUGAGCAUGAGAAGCUCGUCAGCAGCGAAGCCGUCAUCCGAAUGGAGACGGCGUGGGCACAGCGGCAUGGCAAGGGCGCCCAGGUGCAGAUCGACACGCAGGUGGAUGUCUUCUGCCAGUCGUAUGGGACAGGGGUCGUGUCGCUGCUGCAUCGGCGGUUUCCGGGGCUCAUCCGGAGGGCCCUCUUGUUCGAUCCCAUCUGCUUCAUCCCCCAGCUUACCAAGAAGGUAUAAGACACAUCAGCGUGGUCUCUUUCUGGCUGCCUUGUUGAUUGUUGUCUUGUUUCUUGCAGGCCCAGCUGACGCAGCUGACCCCACUACAGGUGCACAGCGAGGUGCCACUGCCGGCUACCAUCCUCCCCGCCCGCUCCCUCCCCUGCAUCCACCCCAUCAAGCGCCGCCUCCUCGAUCAAGACGCCAUGUCGACCGACGCCUCCUGCGGAUACGACAGCGACACCUCACCCUACCACUUGUCCGCCACAUCCUCGCCCCAGAGCACACACCUCCAGCCGCCCGACCCUGCCGGGCUGCGCCAGCGCGCCAACCGCAGACACACGAUCGCCUCCGAGCACAAUGCCAGCACGCCCAACUUGUGCGGGCUGGUGGCGGAUGGGUUCAACGCGGAGAUGGGCAUAAGCCGCAGGUGUCAGCGGAGAGCAUCGAAGCGGCUGAGGGCCAUGGGGGAGAAGGCGAAUACGCUCUUCCGAGAAAGGUGAGAGGCGGGGAGAAGAAAUGAGAUUGAUAGGAUAAGUGGCCGGUCUGGUUUGGGUGGUGAACCUCGGUGUGUCGGUUGAUGUUGUUGUUCAUCAUUUGUUCAUUCAGGUUUCAGCUGUGGAUGAUGUGGCUGGUCGCUUACAAGGAGUUCGGGACCAUCUGGACGGCGGGCAGGCAGCUCCAAGGUGAGGGAUGGAGGGAGGGAAGCGAGAAUGAUGUAUGCAGUUUUCCGGUGUGUGCAGGGUGCGAGUACAUCGACAGGGGCGACCUCUUCCGCCUGAAGGAUAACCUCAUGGUCCGCCCGACACAUGACAUCGACACACUCGCUCUGUCGGCGUGUCAUGCGUGUGUGUGUGUAUGUGUGCGUGUGUGCGUGGUGUGUGCAGGUAGUUUUGGCUGGUGCUGACGGGCUGCUCGCCUCCCAGGCCAUCCAGGGCUUCAUCAAGAGCAACGAGGAGGCCGUCCAGCUGCUCGUUGUGCCAGAGUGAGCACAUGAGCACGCCACGCCACACGAUAGCAGCGUUCACCUCCCUCCCUCUGUGUUCUUCUGCCUGUGUGUGGGUCAGUGCUUCGCACGCCUUCUCUCUUUAUUUCGAAGAAGGUCUGGAGGCGACGCUUCGUUUCCUGACGCACGAGAACUGACUUACUGGCUGAGCCGCCUUGACCGACACACAUAUACACAGAUAGGGAGUGAGAAGUGGCCUGUGCUGGCUCGGCCCGCCAUGUGUGUCUGUGUGUGUGCGUACUCGCACUGAUGGGUGGAUGAGCCUGUGUGAGCGGGGAAAAGAGAGAGGGAGUGUGCGUUCGUGUUGGACCACCAGUGCGUGCGUGUGUCAGAGAGGCGGGCAGUCAGCUGAUUGAUUUGUCAUCUGUGCAUCUGCAUCAUCGCAUGGAUCGGGUUUUUCGUGCGUCCGAGCUCUCGCCCUCCCGGCUUCAUGCCUGCCUACCUGCCUGCCUGCCUGCCGGUACGGUGCACUUGUUGCAUUUUAGUGAGAAGGAGCUGAGCAGAAAGGGCACACAGACGGUGGGAGGGCCAUCGGGCUGCUGCCUCGUGUGCUUCAUCUGUGGUCUUUUAUCUAUUCAUUGAGCCAGCAAACAGCUUUUCCAGACAGGCAAGGUGAGAGCUGGAUGGGUGGAUUGAUUUGUCAGUGGGGAGGUAGGCCGCAGUCAGCUGGGAGAUGGGGAGGGGGUGAGGGACAGGGGGAAGAGCAGAUUUUGUUGUGUAUGGUACGUCCGCACUCUCUGUCUGCUAUUGUGGUGUUGUGUUGUGCUGUGCUGUGUUGUGCUGUGUUGCGUGUCUGUCUGUCUGUCUGUCUGUGUCUCUGUGUGGGUACGUGUGUAUGUGUACAGCUAGAUGUGUACAUGUCGUGUGUGUCAUCCGUCGAGUGCAGUACUGCAUGCAUCCGUCCAUCCAUGUGGUAUAUUUUUUACCCACCCCACCAGCCAUCCACUGGAUACACAGCCUAAGGAAAUGAAGGAAUGAAUAGAUCGAUCGAUCGAUACAGAUCGAUCGAUACACAUCAGUACACACGUGUACGUAGAUACGCAUUGAUUGCCUGACAGAAUUCCCUGCAUAUGCGUGUCCACGUGUGUGUGUGUCUCUCUGUGUGUGUGUGUGUGGAUGCAUUCAACGCUGCCUGCAACACUUGUAACCAACAUGAUAUGAACGGAUGUUUGUCUCUGUCUGUCAUGCCUGCCUCCUCUCUCUGAAUGUCUGUGCGUGCUGUGUGUUAACGAAUCAUUCGUUCCCCUAUCUGUCUGUGUAUUGAUGUGUGUGCGUGUGUUGGUUGGUUGAUGUGAUGCCCGUCCGCCCCUUUAGGCGGACAUUUAUAGGCACGCUUUCGAUGCAUGCUUGUGUGCAAGGACACAAUCAAUGCAUUGAUGAGCGGAUUGUGUGCAAGACCUGGAAGUGUCUGUGCGUGUCGCUUUGUGUGCACGGCUGG